AUGAAACCUUCCUCUCUAUUCAUCUUUUUCCAUCUUAUGUUAUCCGUUUUUGGAGAUAACCCUCCAUAUGAGCCUUUAGAAAAUAUUGCACUGGAUUGCGGAUCCCCUGAUUUGCGAACUUUGCCAUUUGAUGGCCGGAACUGGACUAGUGAUGCAAGUUUCAUCUCGCAGAGCAAGUCUACUGUAGCACCAAUAAUGGUUUCUUCUUCCAUUGAGCCAGGAGUCCCUCAAGUUCCUUAUAAGACUGCUAGGCUUUUCUUUUCUGAAUUUACUUACACCUUCAAUUUAACACCAGGUCCAAAAUUCCUUCGGCUUCACUUCUAUCCAACUUCUUACCCUGGUUUUGAUGCUUCGAAAGAAUUCCUUUCAGUUAUGGAAGGUAACCAUACUCUUCUAAGCAACUUCAGCGCUUCUCUUGCUGCAAAUUGCAAGAAUGUUACCACUCUUAUCAAGGAAUUCAUAGUCGCUGUGCAAAACCAUUCGCUUCGACUAACAUUUAGUCCUUCUUCUUCUGAUGCAUUUGCUUUUGUGAACGGGAUUGAACUUGUUUCAAUGCCUCUGAAUCUCUACAAACGGGGUGAAAAUUUCCCUCUUCCUUUUGUCGGGUAUUCUCAAGUUAUCAGACUGGAUAGCACAUACGUAUUUGAAACAGUUUACAGAAUCAAUGUAGGAGGAGAUGACAUUCCUCCUAAAUCAGAUUCAGGGAUGUUUCGCACUUGGACAAGAGAUGAUCAAUACAUAUUCGGAGCUGGUGUUGGGCAAUUGGCAUUCGAUUAUGAUCUUCAGGUCAAGUACACACCAUCAGUACCAGCAUACACUGCACCUGAUUUAGUAUACCGCACUGCUCGUUUCAUGGGUGUUUUUGACAAUCCUAGAAUAACUUUAAACUUCAACUUAACCUGGUAUUUUCCCGUUGAGACUGGAUUCUUGUAUCUUGUCAGGCUUCAUUUCUGUGAGCUUGAUAGGAGUAUAACAAAAAUAAACCAGAAGGUAUUUUCUAUAUAUAUCAAUAAUCAAACGGCUGAAGAUGAAGCAGAUGUGAUUGGGUGGAGCGGUGGGCAAGGCGUUCCUGUCUUCAAAGACUAUGUCGUAAUGGUCCCUCAGGAAAAAGAAGGGCUUCAAGAUCUUUGGCUUGACCUGCACCCUAACACCAAAACCAAGCCUGAGUACUAUGAUUCUUUCUUAAAUGGAAUAGAGAUAUUCAAAUUAAAUAAUUAUGAUAGAAAUCUUGCUGCAGUUAAUCAUCCUGAAAUACAAUAUCAGGAGCGAUCUUCUACAUCGUCAUCAUCAACAAGUUGGCAGAAAAGAAGAGCUCUAACUGUUGGAAGCUUACUUGGCGGAUUAGCCAUGGUAUUUAUUUAG